AUGGGAACCCUAGGCCGAGCAUUUUACUCAGUUGGAUUUUGGAUCCGUGAGACUGGUCAAGCUCUCGAUCGCCUCGGUUGUCGUCUUCAAGGCAAAAAUUACUUCCGUGAACAACUAUCCAGGCAUCGGACACUGAUGAAUGUGUUUGAUAAGGCUCCGAUUGUGGAUAAGGAAGCUUUUGUGGCACCAAGCGCCUCAGUUAUUGGGGAUGUUCAGAUUGGAAGAGGGUCCUCCAUUUGGUAUGGAUGUGUAUUACGAGGGGAUGUGAAUACCGUUACUGUUGGGUCAGGAACUAAUAUUCAGGACAACUCACUUGUGCAUGUGGCAAAAUCAAACUUAAGCGGGAAGGUGCUUCCAACCACCAUUGGAGACAAUGUAACCAUUGGUCAUAGCGCUGUUUUACAUGGAUGUACUGUUGAGGAUGAGGCCUUAAUCGGGAUGGGUGCAACACUUCUUGACGGGGUUGUUGUUGAAAAGCACAGCAUUGUUGCUGCUGGUGCCCUUGUACGACAAAACACCAGAAUCCCAGCUGGGGAGAUAUGGGGAGGAAACCCAGCAAGGUUCCUCAGGAAGCUCAAAGAGAAGGAAUUUGAUAUUUUCUCUACGUCAGCAAUAAACUACACAAACCUCGCACAGGCUCACGCUGCAGAGAAUGCAAAACCAUUAAAUGCGAUUGAGUUCGAGAAGGUUUUACGCAAGAAGUCUGGUCGAAAAGACGAGGAGUAUGACUCGAUGCUUGGUAUUGUGAGAGAAACUCCACCAGAGCUUAACCUCCCUAACAACAUACAGCCUGAUAAAGAAACCAAGCCUCCUUCAAAUGUGAACUGA